AUGGCGGAAGUCUUGUCAUUCACGGUCGAUGGUCGCAAUCUCAGAGUAGAUCUAUCGCUCCUCGCGCAGCACUCCUCCGCACCAAUAGGCACCUGGCUGGACGAACUCAUGAACGCUGAGCAACAUGGUCUUACUCAUGACGAAGUAGAGGUGUUCUUGGAAGCCGUUGAAGGACGCGACUCGUGGCGAACCAACGGGAUGUCGGAAAUCAAGUUAGGCGCGCGGUGUGCGAUCCUUCGCCUAGCGACACGUUGGCAGUGCGAGGCGCUGCGGAACCUUGCCAUCGAGAGCCUGGAUAAGCUUUUGGCGCCUUUGGAGAAGCUCAUGAUUGCCCGAGCUUAUCGCAUUCUUCACUGGCUUGUGCCAGCCUACACGCACCUCGCGUUGCGUUGCGACCCUGCAACCGUCGCCGAGGCGCAGAAGCUCGAUGCCGAGGACGUCGUGCGCAUCUUCUCCGCUCGCGAAAACAUCUUCCGCCACCGCCUGCCUGCGCGCGAGGAGUUCGUGACGGAACACUUCAUGGAGGUCGUCUCGAAUGGAGACUUGGCAGAGCGCACCAACCCCACCUCUCAAACGCCCUUGCCGGUAGAACUUCCUCUAUCGUCCUCUAUAGCCAACGAGGCUAUCAUCUUCUCCAGUCCAUUCCCCGAAUCUAUCUCGCGCCCGCCUGAUGUGCCGCAGCACGAAGAGGCGGAAAGACGCGAAGAAAUGGCAGUGGGCGCUGUGGAUAUAUCUUACUUCAAAUCGGGGAGAUUCGAUGAUGGCGUUGCGCUGCUUAGCCCGGAGAAUGUUGGCGAGGUUGUGGCACAUAUACUUAAAGCGCCCAACAUACUUUCAGGGACAGAAAGUAAAGGACGCACGUACAGGCGGCGCGGGGCAGAUCUCAUCGUGGCUGCUCUGCGGCGCAGCGUGCGCGAAAGCGACUUCGUACCCGUCGCUGGUCAAUUUGUUGGCGCCAUCCUGGACUUCCUCAGACGCCAAUGGCCAAACUAUCACGACAGUCUGUCCCCCUACCUACAAUCUCUCGAUUUCCGGUGGGAUCAGUUCAUACAAACGGGUGCCGUACCACGCAAGGACAAGGGCGAAAUUAUGCCAUCGGGCCUAACUCCGGAGGCAUAUCGAACAUGCAUGGCGAACGGACAGACGUUUAUUGCUAUCCUCGCUGACCGGGGCUUUGUACGGGAGUGGAAGUGGGCGGCACACGCGCAUACUCUCACCCGUCAAAGCACUCUUACGUCUAUGCCAUCACCGCCUGUGCACGAGCCAACCCCGGUUGGCAGCCGAGGUGCAUCUGCGCGGAUUGGUAUUCGUCAUCUGCCUACAUCCAUCUCGUCCCAGUCUCACCCACCGGACAUGGACACGCAGACCUCGCAACACUCUGCACGCUUCCCAUGGUCACGCUUGCAUGCGACAGACAAACCCAGCGUUGACACUAUAGUCGAACGAUUGACCGUCGGGCGCGCUGAUGCCGGCUUUGCAUGGAUAACGGGAGCUAACGUUGACGACGUUCAUCGAAGCUAUCUCGCGCAUCUUGACAGGAAUGGUCAACCGAAUAUAUCCUACAGCAACCUUUUCUCUGCUCUACUCCGUCGCGCUUGCGACGAUCGCGAAUUUCACGGGGCUGGUCGACGUUUCCUGCUUGCACUGUGCGAGUCCCGACCAGAGCUUGCGGAAGAGCUUGUGCGGCCUAUAGACUGGGUGGUAGCAAACUGGAAAAAGUUCCGUCGGUGUCCCGACAUGACACCAGAUCCAGAUGGGGGGAGGAUCAUAAGACUCUGGCGGACACCCGGGAUGGCCCCACAGGUAUAUAAGGAGCGCGCUGGGAAUGUAAGCAGCUUUAUCCUGGAUAUCCUCGAGCGGGUACCGCAUGUCGACGCGGAGUGGGCUGCAACAGUCCGUGCAGGCCUCGCGUAG